CAGGAGGCUCGGCCAAUCCGCUGCGUUGCCCACCCAGGACCACCAUCAGCGCUGCUGUGGGAGCAGUCGGUGUCCUUGUUCUCGCAGUGCUGCCUGCCUGGCUGCGGUGUGCUCGGCCGUGGUGGGGCUCCCCGGAGAAGGUUCGCUCGCUGACAGACGCCGUGUCUCUGGCUGAGAAGGGGAUGGAGGAGCUGAGGCCUAGCGGCGGCCCUGCGCCCCAGCCUUUCCCAGCACUCUUCCCCCCAGGCCUGCAUGCCAUAUACGGCGAGUGCCGGAGGCUGUACCCGGAGCAGCCCAAUCCCCUGCAAGUCACAGCUAUAGUGAAAUACUGGUAAGGGGGCCGGGCCUGGGCAUCCACUAACUCCCCCCAAACUGGGCAUCCACUAACUCCCCCACCACCCCCCAAACUGGGCAUCCACUAACCCCCACCACCCCCAAACUGGGCAUCCACUAAACUGCCCCCAAACUGGGCAUCCACUAACUCACCCCACCACCCCCAAACUGGGCAUCCACUAACUCCCCAAACUGGGUGUCCCACCAACUCCCCCACCCCCCAAACUGGGCAUCCACUAGCUUCCCCCACCACCCCAAACUAUCCACUACCCCCACCACCCCAAACUGAGCUCCACUAACUACCCCCACCACCCCCAAACUGGGCAUCCACUAACCCCCCCACCACCCCAAACUGGGCAUCCACUAACUCCCCAACAGCCCCAAACUGGGCAUCCUUCACUCCCCCCACCACCCCCAAACUGGGUAUCCACUAACUCCCCCACCCCCCAGCAUCCCACCCCCCCAAACUGGGCAUCCACUAACAAGCCCCCAAACUGGGCAUCCACUAACGCCCCCCAAACUGGGCAUCCACUAACCCCCCAAACUGGGCAUCCUAACCCCCCAAACUGGGCCACUAACCCCCAAACUGGGCAUCCACUAACCCCCAACUGGGCAUCCACUAAACCCCAAACUGGGCAUCCACUAACCCCCAAACUGCAUCCACUAACCCCCAAACUGGGCAUCCACUAACCCCCCAAACUGGGCAUCCACUAACCCCCAAACUGGGCAUCCACUAACUCCCACCACCACCCCCAAACUAGGCAUCCACUAACUCCCACCACCACCCCCAAACUGGGCAUAACCCCACCACCCCCAAACACUAACCCCACCACCCCAAACUGGGCAUCCACUAACCCCCCCACCCCCAAACUGGGCAUCCACUAACCCCACCGGCCCCAAACUGGGCAUCCACUAACCCCAGCCCCAAACUGGGCAUCCACUAACCCCACACGCCCCAAACUGGGCAUCCCACUAACCCCCCCCCACAAGCCCCCAAACUAACCCCCCCACAUCCACCAAACCCCACCCCCCGCCCCCAAACUGGGCAUCCACUAACCCCCACCGCCCCAAACUGGGCAUCCACUAACCCCCGCCCCCAAACUGGGCAUCCACUAACCCCCCAGCCCCCAAACUGGGCAUCCACUAACCCCCCCACCGCCCCCCACAGGCAUCCACUGCCCCAACCCCCCCCAGCCCCCAAACUGGGCAUCCACUAACCCCCCACAGCCCCCCCAAACUGGGCAUCCACUAACUCCACCUCCCGCCCCAAACUGGGCAUCCACUAACUCCCCACAAACUGGGCAUCCACUAACUCCUCCCCACCCCCCAAACUGGGCAUCUACUAACUCCCCCAAACUGGGCAUCUACUAACUCCCCCAAACUGGGCAUCUACUAACUCCCCCAAACUGGGCAUCUACUAACUCCCCCAAACUGGGCAUCCACUAACUCCCCCAAACUGGGCAUCCACUAACUCCCCCAAACUGGGCAUCCACUAACUCCCCCAAACUGGGCAUCCACUAACUCCCCUCCCCCACCCCCAAACUGGACAUCCACUUUCAAUCUAGGAAGUAGUUUUUUGUUUUUUUUUACACUGACAACAUGCAGUGUUUUGUAUACUUGCUGAUAUUACACGUACAGUAUCGGCACUUUUCCUUAUAUUAAACACCUGGGUGCUCUCCUUCACUGAUAUAUAAAUUUGUGAAUGAAAUAGGUGCACUCUCAGUACUUUGAGCCAAAUGUCUCUUUCAUAAAUUUCAGAGUGCGAGAGAGAUGGAUAAAGUGGUAUCUAUGUGUGUGUUCAAGUAGAGAUUGUAGCCGUAUUAGUCCAGUGAUGUAUAUGUAAAACAUACCUUUUUUAUUGGACUAACAGAAUUUUUUAAUGAAAGAUAUUUAGUACCCUCUGCAAAAAUGGUGUCUAUUUUCUAACAAACCUGUGUCUUAUCUACACUCAUGUUGCUUUAACCCCUGUAUCACAACUCAACUUUGAAUUCUAUUUGUCUUCUUGCACAGAAAUGCUUCAGACUUGAGAAAGGGAGGUUCUCCCGAAAGCUUGUCAUUAAAAAAUUCUGUUAGUCCAAUAAAAAAGGUAUUACAAGACACUAAUUUUAUCUGGUUUUUAUAUAUAUAUAAUAUUUUUUUAUUUUUUGUGUGGUGUUUGUUCUGUGUGUGCUGUUAGUGAUGACGCCAAAUACGUCCAUGCGUGUAUAACUUCAGAUGAAAAGGCUUUUGCUUGGCUGUAUUGGUAGACAGGGAUUUUUGUUGAACCAAAUAUUGAUAGCCAUGAUCUUCUGUUUAUAUAAAGUGUAGAUUCAGAGAUAAGGUGAGUAAUGCUUGGUUAAGAAACUGUGGGAUAAAUGUUAUGCAGUUUCCUGUAGCGCCUGUCAGCUGUAUCUAUAAACAGGCAACAUAAACACAGGACUCAACUACUAAUAGUCAGUGGAAAAUAAUUAGCCAUUGUAUUUGCAUCUGCCAACUUUUUGUUAGGGAGGGGUUUGAUUUGCUCUUAUUGCUGAAUUUAGGGCAGUCCCUUUAAUCAACUUCAAUUAGUACAUUUAUUUUAAUUUUAUAUAUUCUUUUAAUAAACAUUUUACUAAAGGGUCACUCCAGACACCAAAAGCAUUUCAGUUUGCUGAAGUGCUUUACAUAUAAAUAGUGUGCAUUUUUAUUUAUUUUUUUUGGUUACAAAAACUGCAGAUUUCAAUAGUGGUGUCACUUUUAUAAAUUUAAAGGGUUACUAUUACCCUUUUGAAACGUGUGACCUUUCCAUUGUAGUUUGGAAGUUACCUCUCACUGUGUAGUUUUACUUACCUUGAAUCCAGCACCAGGCGAACCUCCCGGUGCUGUUCUUCCUCGCCCCCUCUUGAAAUUAAUGGAGUCGUGCAUGGUCUGAUUACAGGCUUCUCACAGAGAAGCCUGUGGUUGGACCAUUUUCGCUAGCUUGAGCGCAUGCGUACCCUCUGGGUCGCUGAAGGGAGAGAAGAAGGGUGGUGGUUUUUUUUGUUUUUUUUUUUAAAUGUGCGAGGUUGCUUCACCUUGAAGGCGCUCUAUCUGCAAGGGGGAAAUUUUCACGUCUGUUGUCAGUGUGUGUGUGUGCUGCUCACACAUGUAAUUUAUGCACAGAAUUGAUAUUUGAAAUCCAAGAAAAGCGUUCCAGACUGCCUUAGUCACAUGUGCUGGGCGUGGCACACAAUUGACAAGAUUUCUGCAGAUUUUGCAAGUUGUUUUUUAAUAAAAGAAUGCAUAAUUACAUGUAUUCACAUUUUUAUUGGGGUAUAUCUAUUAAACAGUGAGUUUUAUUCUUUUUGUAUUUGCAUUACAAAGGCAAAAAUAAAUUGUUUGUUAAUCAAACUAUAGAUUUUUUUUUUUCUACACGUUAUUACCCUGUAAAUAAUUAAAUUAUUACAUAUCCAUCUACUCCAAAUACUAGUUUCAUACUAUUUUGUGAUCCGCCUAUUUCUUACUUUGUAAGAUCAUUUAACAACAUACCCAUGUAGAAUUUCAAUGAGGCGUCCGGUUUUGUUCAACAACAUAAGCAAUAGCUAAGUCUGUAUUUGAGAAACAACCACUGCGCAUUCUCCCUGAUCCUGUUACCCAAUGACACCCCUAAAAGGCAGAUCAGUACACAGAGCUAUGUUUGGACAUACCGGAUAUGAUUGACCAAUGGAAAGCCAAUACGUUGCAUCAGAAAUUCCUCUUGAGCAGAGUAAGCAUGUCAGAGGGUUUAUACCCAGAAAAUAGAGCUCCCUCUUAAGCAAACCCCAAAACCUUUUACAUAAUGAAUUGCACAGUAUGUGCUCCAAUCUGGAAAGGCUGGGAGAGAGUACAUAGCAAAACAAAUUGUGACAGACGCAACAUAUUUUUCUAUCAACUUUUACAUUUUAUUUUUUAUCAACUCGCAAUAAUACAAACAAUAUGAACUGUAACUAAAACGUGGGGUGCUGGGGCUUCUCCUCUUGUUUGUAUGGACUAGCCUCCACUGUUGUGUGCUAGACUCUGUGUGAAGUUGGCAAGGGUUCUUGACAGCUGCUAUUAUUGUGGAAGGGGAGUGCAUUGACUAUCUUUAGUGACAGCUACAAUUAUUUGGAGGUAGGGGUGAAAAUUAACCACUUUACGCUAUGUUUAUAUUUGGGGCUGGAAUUUCCACUAGUCUACUUGCCUGUCACGAAUGUUAAAACUUAGCAGGCACAUUUUGUGGGGUGGUUUUAUUUUAUUUAGGUUACAGUGGGUGGUCUAGUAACAAUUUUGUUCUGGCUGAUAAACCUUUAGUGAUCUUUUUACAGGCCUGCUUAUACUUCUUUCUGACCCCAAAUGAUCAUUUUUCUUGUUUGUCAAAAUGCUUAUAUGAGAGUUCCCUUUAUUUAUAGUGUGUGUGGGGUGUGUAUACGUAAGGGGUAAAUAGCGAUAUUCACACAUAGGAAAAUAAUAGAACAGGCACAUGAAUUAUGUUGCUUACAGUCAUGGCAAAAGAUGAAUGCAAUAUAGAUGCAGUCAUGCAGAAUAAGCUGUAAAACAUUCCUUACUACAUAAGAAACUCUAGAUUUUAAGCCUACCUAUAAAUUGUGUACAAUUUGUGGCCUAUAAACGCACCCUAGUUCUAGGUGUAUCUUUCCUACUUUUUAGGUUCAUAUGUGAAGCGAUAGUGUUAAGUUGUUGUUGUUGUUGUUGUU